UGACUUUGUGGCUGUGUUAACUAGUGACGACCGGCUAACUAGCUGCACUGCGGUUUGCUACUAGCUGUUACUGCACCCGGAUGCAUUUUCGAUAUCAUAGCUAGCUAUGGUUUGGAGACCGCGUCUAUCCUGCACUUCCCAAUGAAAUCUGAUUUAUGUGUUUUCGGAAGUUUUUUUUCAGAGGAAAAUAACAACAAGAUGCUUUCAUGGGACUACAGAUGCCGAUGCCUUUGGGAUUGUAUUGCAUGAAGCAUAAUGAGGGUGUAUUGAAAAACAGGACAGAACCUUAAUGUUAACAUUUGGAGGUGCUGAAUCUGCAUACUUUUGGGGGAAGAAGAUCUGCAUAAAAUGGAGAUGGAGGAAACAUGCGUUGUUAGAAAGAAUAUAGUCGAUUUUUAACCUCAGGCCAAAUCUUAUUGGUCUUAAAUUGUGUAUUGGGAAAAAGAUAUCAUAUAUAAAGAUGACUUCAGAAGGAUACCAGUACAGAGCACUGUAUGACUAUAAAAAGGAGAGGGAGGAGGACAUUGAUUUGCAUGUAGGCGAUAUACUUGUGGUGAGCAAGGGUGCUCUGCUGGCCCUAGGCUGCCCUAAUUGGGCUGAAGAAAAACCAGAUGAGAUUGGGUGGCUGCCAGGAUUCAAUGAGACAACUCAUGAAAAAGGUGACUUCCCCGGGACUUACGUUGAGUUUGUGGGAAGAAAAGUAAUUUCACCACCAACACCAAAACCAAGGCCACCUAGGCCUCUUCCUUCCACAUCAGAUCUAGCCAGGACAGAUUCAGAAUCAGAGGGCUUCAUGUUGCCAGAUCUGCCAGAACAGUUUGCUCCUCCAGAGACUGCAUCACCCAUCCUGGUCAAGCUUCUGGAGGCAAUAGAAGGCAAAGGUUUGGAAUGUCCAACCCUUUAUAGAACUUUCACAGCAGCUUCUGGGCUGGAUAUGAGACAGUUCACUGACUGUGAUUUGGAGCCUUUGGACCUACAGUCGCUAUGUGAUGGCCUUUGGAGAUACCUGCAGGAUUUGCCUAAUCCAGUUGUUCCCACCUCUCUCCAAAGUGAGAUGAUUCAUGCAGCACAGGAGGUAAAGGAUCCAAAGGACUGUGCCCAGUUGUUGCGCAGAAUAGCCAGCUCAUCUAACCAUCCGCCCCAAUACUGCCUCACGUUCUACUGCCUCAUCAAACAUUUCUGCCGGAUUUCUCAGAACACCAGCAAAAACCAACUCUGUGUCAGAGACUUGGCGGAAAUCUUUAGCCCUGUGCUUUUCAGGCUUCAACCAGCAAGCUGUGAGGCCAGCCUGGAUUCCCUUAUCAAGAUUCUAGAGAUCUUGGUCAACAGUGAAUUGAGUGAAACCCAGGCUGCUCCAGCUUUGCCCCCGAAACCACCAAAGGCCACUACCCCAGUUCCAAACAACGGGUUCAACAACAACAUGGCCUUGCAAGACGGGGAGUGGUACUGGGGAGACAUCUCAAGGGAGGAGGUGAAUGAGAAGCUGAGAGACACAGCUGAUGGUACGUUUCUGGUCCGAGAUGCAUCCACCAAAAUGCAUGGAGACUACACACUGACUCUGAGGAAAGGAGGAAAUAACAAACUGAUCAAAAUAUUCCAUCGGGAUGGGAAAUACGGCUUCUCGGACCCACUGACAUUCAACUCGGUGGUUGAGCUCAUCAAUCACUACAGACACGAGUCCUUAGCCCAGUACAACCCAAAGCUGGACGUGAGACUGCUGUACCCAGUGUCAAGGCUCCAGCAGGACCAGGUUGUUAAAGAGGACAACAUUGAAGCUGUCGGUAAAAGGCUGCAGGAGUACCACCUUCAGUUCCAGGAGAAGAACCGAGAGUACGAUCGUCUGUACGAGGAGUAUACAAGAACAUCACAGGAAAUUCAAAUGAAGAGAACGGCCAUUGAGGCAUUCAAUGAAACCAUUAAGAUCUUUGAGGAGCAGUGCCAAACCCAAGAGCGCUAUAGCAAGGAGUACAUUGAAAAGUUCAGGAGAGAGGGUAACGAUAAAGAAAUCCAGAGAAUCAUGGGAAACUACGACAAACUGAAAUCGAGAAUAAGUGAGAUUGUGGACAGCAAACGGCACCUGGAGGAUGAUCUGAAAAAGCAAGCAGCGGAUUACAGGGAGAUCGAUAAGAAGAUGAACAGCAUCAAACCUGAUCUAAUUCAGCUCCGCAAGACCAGAGACCAUUACCUAAUGUGGCUGACACAAAAGGGAGUGAGGCAGAAGAAGCUGAAUGAAUGGUUGGGUAUCAAGAAUGAAAACCCAGAGGAUGAGUACUCAAUGGUUGAAGACGACGAGGACCUCCCACAUCAUGAUGAACGUUCGUGGAGGCUAGGCAACAUCAACCGGCUGCAGGCAGAAGCUCUGCUCCGGGGGAAGAAGGACGGAACAUUCCUGGUCCGGGACAGUAGCAAAGCUGGCUGCUACGCCUGCAGUGUUGUUGUUGAGGGUGAGGUGAAGCAUUGUGUUAUCAACAAGAGUCAUACGGGCUAUGGAUUUGCAGAGCCAUAUAACCUGUAUGGUUCCCUAAAAGAACUAGUCCUGCAUUACCACCACACGUCACUCGUACAGCACAAUGAUUCUUUAAAUGUCACGCUCGCCUACCCAGUUUACACACAGAAGAGGCGGUGAGGAACUCGUGGGGAGGACUUGGACUUCAUGAUGGGCAAUCAAGAUGAUUUCUUUGGAAAUGCAAAUGCCAUCAAUUAAAAAAGGGAAACAUUGGUACAGGUGUUUGACAUUUUGGAAAUUUCAAAAAUCAGGAGAUGGUCCUCGUUUAAUAUUUUUUUGUGUUUUUUUGUGCUUUUUCCUUUGGAUAGCCAUGAUUACAUAUGUGUGAGUGAGCAUGGUAUGUGUAGUCAAGCCUACUAAUUGAAAAAGGAGGAGAGACUUGAAGCAGCAUGUGACAUUUUAAGACAGGUUUUUCAGACACAGAUUAAGCCUGGUCCUGGGCUAAAAUGCAUGGUCAAUGGAGAGUCUCCAUUGAAAUUGCUUUUUAGUCCUGGACUAGGCUUAAUCUGUGUCUGGGAAACCUCAUUUUCAGUGUUUGCAUUUAACUGAAAUGUUUGGCAUUCAAUACCAAAGUCUUCAUUCAACAUCCUGACACUGUCAAGUGUAAGUUUUUGUUGUGCUAUGCAAUGCUGUCUGCGUCCUCAGAAUUAAUAUGUACCCUAAAUAUAUUUGUUUUUGUUUUUUUAAUGAUUAUUGGCCAACAAUGUAGGCUACCUAUUAGCUAGACAUGGUGUGGGACAUUUUUCAUUCUCUACUUCUACACACAAGACUUAUUUGGUUUACACUUUGUAAAAUGUUAAAAGCAUUCACAUUAUAGUCAUUUUAAAUGUAUUUAAAUAUAUAUAUAUAUAACACACAGUACCAGUCAAAAAUCUGGACACCUACUCAUUCUUUAUUUUUACUAUUUUCUGUAGAAUAAUAGGGAAGACGUCAAAAUUAUGAAA